CUAGCUUCCGGUGACGACCCUCUUUCUCUUCCGGAAAAUUCAGCGUGACCGACGUUUCGUGUCUGUUUAGACUUAAAGUAAGUUCAUCUAUUUAAUACGGGUUAGACCAUCAAAACGGCUUCAGUAUAAUAGUUAAGAUGUUUUCAUGUGCAGGUAUAUUAUAAAAAGCUAUUCUGUACAACAAAUGUACCACGUUAGCAAAAAAAAAAGGCGCGUGCUAGUGUUGCUAGCUAGCUUUAUAGAAGCUAACGUCAGCGUUUGCUAGUUAACUAACAUGACACCAUUGCAACAUAUUGCAUGAGCACCACGAACACAUUUCAGUGCCUUUAUCUGUAUGUGAAUUCUUACUUCUUCAAAACGUUUUUACAAUGCCCCUUUUGUUGUAGUUAGGCAGAAUGUAUUUAUUGUUUGAGUUUUCACGUGUCAUGAGCUUAGUUAGAUGUUAGUUUGAUAACUUAAUAACUAACGUUAGUUAGCUAUUACCUGCUCCAAUGAUGCCCAUUUGGCGCAUGCGCGGCUUGUUAGCUAUAUUCUUAUGGCAGUAUCAUUGGCUAGGUCAGCGUUUCCCAAACUCAGUCCUGGGGGCCAAGGGAUGCAAAUGUAGGUUUUUGCCAUAACACUGAUUCAAAUAAUCAAAACUUGAGUUGAUUUCUUGAAUCGGCUGUGUUCUGCUAGGACAAAAUGUGCGCCCCAUAGGACCUAGUUUGGGAAACACUGGGCUAACUAGGAGACAAUCAAGAAAUGACCAGUAUUUUAUUCAUUAACUAAUACAAUAUUGAUCAUUGCGGCAGGUAACCUAACAGUUAAGUCUUGGCCCAGUAACCGAAAGGUGGCUGGUUAGAAUCAUCAUGCCCACUAGGUGAAAAAAUCUGUCUGUGCCCUUAAGCAAGGCACUUAUCCCUAAUUGCUCCUGUAAUUUGCUCUGGAUAAGAGUCUGCUAAAUGACUCAAAUGUAAAAAAUAAAUAAAAAUAAUAAUAGUCGUUAACUAAUUCGGCAAGUCAUAUCCUCAUAGACGUGGAUAAAGCCAAUAUGAAUAUCCAGAGAGUGCAUUUCAAGUAGGCCAAUAUAUAAUAAUCCAACUAACAGCUUUUUCUUCUUCUACAUCCUCUCGCGUGCAGAAUGCGUUACGUGGCCGCUUACCUCCUGGCUGUGCUCGGUGGCAACACCAGCCCCUCCUCCAAGGAUAUCAAGACCAUCCUGGGGAGUGUAGGAAUCGAGGCCGAUGAUGAGCGCCUAGACAAGGUAUGGAACCGUUUAGGGCGACGCUGUCUUGUAUUUUGAGAAGAAACUGAGUUACUUUUGUGUACUUCGACACUAUUGCAGGACAGAGGCCUUGGUUUACACAGUAACUGGUGAUGAUAAGAACCUGAAUUUGUCUCCACAGGUUGUCAAAGAAUUGAAUGGAAAAGACAUCAAUGAAGUCAUGAACUCUGGUGAGGCAUUGUCCUUAUGUCUUUGAUUUGACUCGUGAAUUCAUACAUGAUAAUUAUGCCAGUUUUACACUAUAAGGCCAACCCGAACGGUACUGUUGGCUGAGAUAUUUUCCCAGUACAGCUUGGUUUGGCACCAUCAUGUGAUUCAGACUUUAGUCUGUAGAUAGCAUAUAGGUGCAAAUGUCAUGAAACUACCAUUCACUGUAUAGUCUAAAUUACUUGUCAAUUAAUUGCUCCAUUACUCUUUGCAGGUCUCUCUAAAUUGGCCUCCGUGCCAGCAGGUGGUGCUGUGGCGGCUCCUGCUGCUGCUGGGUCUGCUGCGGCUGGCGUUGCUCCUGCUGCUGGUAAGCACUCAUAGUAGGGAGUCAUUCAUUUCAACGGACUGAAACACAUUUAUUUGAAAUCAAUUGCAUGAAACAACACAUUUCGAGGAAAACGCUUGAUAUUUUAAAUGCACUUUGAUAUAUGUAUUUCUGGAAAUGGUCUAUGCGUUUUGGGGAUAGGCUCCCAAAUGUGAAACUAACCUAUGUUUGUGUCUCUGUGCAGCGGAAGAGAAAAAGGAGGAGAAAGAGGAAUCUGAAGAGGGAUCUGAUGAUGACAUGGGAUUCGGACUCUUUGAUUAAUCUUCCUUCCGUUAGAGGUUGAAAAACCAAUAAUAAAUGGAAAUCGUUACAAGAAAGCCACUAUCGUUCUUGUCUUAAAAAAAUAAAUAUAUCUUCAUUACUUUAUCAUUAUCAUAACUGUUAAAUAUUGUAGGAUUGUUAAAGGGGAAAGUGAAUGUUACGAUGACACAAACACAUUGUGUAGCCCACUGAGAUAUUGACCUUGGCCUGUGCCAAACCUGAAGUCUGGCGGAACAAUAGUGUUCCUUUUGGCAACUACCACAUUUUCUUGAUAUGGGGAAAUACAUUUUUUGCGUGCAGUGGCGCAGUUAGGAUUAAUUUGCUAAUCUGUGCACCAACAAAAAAAGAAACCUUGUUGGAUUAUAAAAUAUCAAGAACAGUAAACACUUAGGAGUUCUGCGUUUCACACCUGGUAUGGGUUUUUCUCUUUGCUCCCUUUUGUUCACAGAAUAGCAUGGGAUUUACGUUUUAGACAUGGUAAAGUUUAGAAUCAACAAUACUUGAAGUUGAGGUAAUUGUACCGACUAUUGUGUGUGCUUUUUGAGGUAGUCUCAACUACGUAUUUAUUUGGACAGUGAA